AUGCCCAUAUCGCUUCUCCGCAAGGCGCCGCCAAAGCCGCCGCCCGAGCCCGUCCCCUCGCUCGCCCAGCUCUCCCUGCCCGACCUGACGACCCCGCUGAUUGACACGGCGGCGUGGGGGGCCGCCUCGCACAACGGCGGCGUGGUCGCCCUCGCCACCAGCAACAACGGCAACACGGCGGCAAGCAGCCCCCGCAACACGCUCCCGCCAGGCCACGCCCACUUCAAGAGCAGCGGCGGCGGUGGUGGCCAGAGCGCAAACCCCGCACGGGCCUCGAUGCCGCCUGGCUUUGGGCGGAAUGGCGGCGGCGCAGCAGGAGCAGGCUUCGUGCCCCCGCUGCCGGGUAGCCCGCGCGGCCGCGCGCCGAGCCUCGUGCGCGACCCGUCGGGCCGCAACCCCGACUUUCACCGCCCCUUCUCGCCCGAGGUCGUGGGUGCCCCGCUGCCCCCGCAGCAGCAGCAGGCCAAGCCCCGCCCGCGCAAGAACGGCCGCAAAGGCGCCGCGCUGACCGUCAUCGUGGCCGGCACCACUGGAGCCGGCAAGACGAGCUUCAUCGAUGCGCUCACCCAGGUGCUCGAUCCAGCAACACCCCGCUUCGGGGGCCGCACGGGCCCGACGACGACAACCGUGCGACACGAAGUGACAGAGGCCGACGAGCGCCGCGCCCUCGUGCUCCUAGACACGCCUGGCCUGCCGACGACGGGGACCCGCGCAAAGGCACUCUCGUCGCUGCUCGGCAUGAUCGAGGACCGGCUGGGCCGGCUCCUCGACGAGGAGCGCAAGGUCGUGCGCCGCAAGUCGGACGGCGGGGAGAUGGUGCAUCUGGUAAUCUACCUCAUCGACGCACGCACCAUCCUCUGCCCCGCCGCGCCGGUCGAGGUCGACUGGGACAUGGUCCAGGAGCCGUCGCCGAACAAGGCGCCCGACACGAGACCAGAGUCGGACCUCGAGCCCGACCACACCGAGCUGGAAGCCAGGCUCGGCGUCGACGACAUUGAGGCGAUCCGCCGCUUCUCGAUCCGCGCAAAUGUCAUGCCGGUGCUCACGCACGCCGACGCACUCACCACGAUCCAGCUGAAUGCGUGCCGCGAUGCCGUCAAGCAGGAUCUCGCAGCCGUGUUUGGGCGCGAGCCGCUCGGCGCGUACGGCGUCCUGAGUGCGGGGCUGGUGAGUUGUGCUUGGCUAGUCGUCGUCACCACAGAGUCUGACGUGCCGCAGGACCUCGAGACUGAAGACGACGACGAGGAGCACAGCGAGCCCCCAGCGUCGGCAGGCGUCACGUCGCCCCUCGACGCCAACAAGGACCUCCCCUUUGCCGUCUUCUCGCCCGAGCCUGGACCUGGGUUCACGCGCACGUUCCGGUGGGGCAGGGCCGAUGCUGCCGACGCUGCGCACAGCGACUUCCCCGCCGUGCGCGACGCCGUCGUCAAUGCCGCCGAGUGGCUGCGCAUGUCGACGCGCGAAGUCGUGUACGAGCGAUUCAGGACCGAACGUCUCUUGACCGCGCGGGCGCGGUACUCGAGGCAGGCGUGA